CGCUGUCAUCAAGACCGACGAGUGUCUUUAUUGUUGAACCCCUUCUUUCAUGUUCUGUUGCAUUACGUACAUGGGCAGCACAAAAUGAUAAAUUGCUGGAAGAAAUCAUUGGAAAUAGUUUUGGAUCAGCUUCAAGUAGUUCUACCGAUCCAAUCAUAAAAGUAUCUGAAAUCGCAGAAAAACUGAUAUCUGCUCCAGCAAUGGCGAGGUCCACAUAUUUGGUUAGAGGCAAAUUUAGAAUGGUUGAUUUUCACCAGUCAUUCCACUACGUAUCAUGCGAGAAUUGUAACAAGGCAACUGGCUAUGACCUCGGUGAAAACUUCAUAUGUUAUAGUUGCAAGAAUGCAGCAAUUGCACGGGCAAGGUGUCGAGUUUAUUUAGAUGUGUAUGAUGAUACCACAUCGACACCUGUUGUUAUUUUUGGAUCUUUGGCAGAGGAAAUUUUGGGAUGCACAGCUGUUGAUCUUAUAGACCGUACAGACGAGGUAAAAUCUAUACAUUUAAAUACGUUUAAAAAUUUUGAUACAUUAUCUUUUUAUAUGUUUUUUCAUUGUUACAGGAACAUCUGCCUUAUAUUGAAAACAUUGCAAACAACAUUGAAAAUAAUGAGUGGAUCCAUAGUCUUGGGCGCGCAGAUGAAUGAAUCUGGGAGGUUACGCCAAAACAAACUUACUGUAUUAUCUGUUAAUAACGUCCCAGGAACAGCAGAAUGA